GAGGGCGUGAGGAGGGAGGGUGCGAGUGGAUGAGUUGCGAGGCAAACCGGGGAUCACAUGAGCAGAGAUCUGUUUACAAACUGAAGCUGGGAGGCUGAGGCAUUGAGAAACACAGCAGCUAACACUCUGGGACAACGAUAGCCUUGCUUGAGACACACACACACACGUAGAUAAUGCUCCACCCUACACCCAUUCCAGAUAGAGCAAGGAAUUCUGGAUGAAAUGUUAUCAGCCAUUGUAGGUUUUUUUCUCUCUCUCUUCAAGGACUGAGGAACCAGAUGGUUUGAGGUGGCAAGAAAAACACUCCCCCAUACAGGCUGCAUAUACAGUCAUACAUGCAACCACAAGGUCUACCUGUAGACAGAUCAGUCUCUGCUUGAGGGUUUGUAUGUACGUAUGUAUGGGGAUGUCUUAGUUGUUCUUUUCUUCUUCUUCCUUUUGGAGGGGCCCUGCGUAAGGAAUACCUUUGACGAAUCAGCCAUUUUUCCAAAGAGACAAAGAGGAGGACUUUCCCAGGAGAAGAAGAAGAAUGACAUCAGAUGGACAAAGCUUGUCAAAAUCUAUCAAGAGGUCAUUCAGGAGCAAGACCAUUUUGCAGGAUGUGUCUUUAUAGAUGAAGUGUGGCCUCAAUCCGGAUCUUUUCUUUUUGUUUUUGUGUGUGUGUCCCUCCUCCUCCAACACUUCUUGAAGGAUCACAAGACCUUGUAUGAGACUCUUUUAAGCUUAUAUGAUUAUAUGAACUUCUUUUGUGUGCCAUACUGAACGUGGUGUGAGAUUUUCUUCAGUCUGUGUCACUUUAACACUCCAAAUCGAGUCAUUCUCCAAACACAGGAAACGUAUAUCAAGGACACGACAUGAUCCCUUUGUCUUUGUGGAGGCGCACAGGCGAAAUCUUUUGUGUGGAGAUUAUCGACAACAGCCAACGAUGACGACAAAAAACAAAUAAUUACCACAUAAAAAUUCAGGUCUCCUCUACGAGUUUCCAGACCAGCGACUCGGAAAACUCGGAGAUUUAACACAAACGUACACGGAGUCCUAACUAACAAAACCAAACCAAACCAAACAAAACAAUACCACUAUCACGAAAUCCGUGAAAGUCUCAGUUGAGAGGCGCUUUCGCUUCAGUCUGAGUUCCGUGUCAGAUUACAUGCAGCCAUUCCAAUGGUGUAACGGCUGCCUUUGCGGAGUAGGACUGCAGCGUUCACACUGCGAUAUGUCGUCGGAAGAUCUGUACCAUUUGCCGCUCAACGUCUAUGUCAUCGUGCUGGGCAUUGGCUUGUUCAUCUUUAUGCUCAGUGUCAUCUUCUGUUGCUACCUGUUCAGGUUGAAGCAACAAGACACAAGACAACAAUACAGCUACAAUGAGGUGGUGCUGAAAGGGGCAGGGAAGAAGCUGAGCCUACUUGGACAACCGUGUGCAGUCUGUCUGGAGGAAUUUAAAGCCCGGGAUGAGCUGGGCGUGUGUCCAUGCUCGCACACCUUCCAUAAGAAGUGCCUGUUGAAAUGGCUGGAGAUUCGCAGUGUUUGCCCCAUGUGCAACAAGCCCAUCAUACGACUGCACAACACACCCCGUGGAACAGAGGGGCCACAAGACCCUGAGGAGGUGUGAUCCUAUAUAAAUAAAAAAAAUAAAAAUAAAAACAAAACAAAAAAAAAAGGCACAACUGCAAAAACCCUUGGGCCACGCCCAUGUUUAUCGUCUCCACAACUGCCAAACUCGGAGCACACAAGAUCCAAACGCCACCACUGGAGGAGACUAAAUCCAACCUCCAUAUGCACCAACCCCUGGAGGCCUAGUGGACUUGAGAAGUAGCACCUAAUUGGCAAGAAGCAAAAACACUUGCCAUUUCUUUGACUUUGCGAUUAGACCAGUGUUCCUUAGCAAGGUACGAGAAGUGGGGCAAGAGGCAGGUAAACAGCUCAGCGGUUUCGUCUCACGAGGCACCUCUAAGCAACUAAUGAGAAACAACACUGAACUGCAGCAAGUGUAUGACAAGCACUGUUCACAAACACAGUGUGUAACUAAGCAGACACAAUAUAAAUGCAUGAUAAUCAGUCAGUUUUGGCCUGAAGUUAAAAGGCUAUAGUAUGUAGAUAAAAUGUGUUGUUCUGUUCAAAAGGCACUGCAAGUCUUUACUGGGCCUUGUAUAGUGAUUAAAAGAAGAAAUAUGAAGAUAUGAACUAAUAAUCAGCAGUAAAACUGUACUUCCCCAUUACUGAAUAUGUAUCAGGGCCAAUCUAUUGCCACUUUUUUUUUUGUAUAGUUUGA